GAGAGGCGCAGCGAGGCGUGCGGGGGGACGGUGCCGCUUGAUGGCUGCCGGGGAAGCCAGCGGCUGGGCUGGCUCUGCCGCGCUCCGCCGGCUCUUUGUUAGCGUUUUCCCAGAGAGUGCUGCCUUCCUCCGGCUUUGUUGGAAAGCAGGAGCUGUCAGGAGGAUGACUCUGUUUCACGCCAUGCCUCUCCAGAGCAGCAGCAUCGCUUUGUUUGAGCUCCCGUAAGCCAUUUAUCACGGCACUGCCGUCACGUUUUAAUGAGCUAUGAAAUCUGCUGCUUUUCACGCCUGGAAGGCGGUGGGACAGCGCUGCUGCUGCUUACCCAGCCCUUAAGAACCGGAGCAGAGAGCCUGGGAGAAGAAGAAUGUUAACUGCUGGUCCCUAGCACUGUCUCCUGAUCUGGGAUCGCUCUGCUGGAGCAAAACCCCCGCUGCAGGGAGGGGGCAGGACUGUGUGAAAGCAGAGUGCGCCACACUCCACCUAACCCAAAGAGAAGAUCAAGUCUGGAGUUUCUCUGACUUCAUCUGAAACUGUAGGCAUGAUCAAUUUGUUUAAGAAACCUUACAAGAAAAAAGCUGGCAAGUUCCAGCCUUUCAAGAAGCUCUUUGGCAGGAGGAAGAAAAGGGAGCCGGUGUCAGCCUGCGAGGAGAGCAAGCUGAAGCCCAGCCACUCCUUCGGCAACAUCUGCACCAGCAGCUCCUCCUCCUCCGAUGAGGAGCCCAGCGGUGGUCUGAGGUCCUCCCAUUAUUCUAUGGGCAGUCGAGCCUUCUCCCAUGACAGCAUUUUCAUACCUGAUGGGAGAGCAGAGAGUGACCAGGCCAUCCAAGCAAUGUCACAGGAGAACGUCCUAGGGAAAGUCAAAACUCUCCAGCAACAGUUGGCCAAGAAUAUAAAGUUUGGACAGCCUCCACAAAUGACAGUUUCUGUGAGGGCCAUGGAGGAGGAGGCAACUGCUAGCAUGGAAGAGGAUGUGUUGCUCAGUGCCCCCAUGGAGAUGGAGACUCAGCAGGACACAGUGAUCUCAGACAGUGGUAAUAAAUUCCCUGACCCUGCAGAGCUUGUGAGAACAUUGAACUUCCCUGGAGCAGGACGUGGAAUGGAAGAGAAGGUCCCUCCAAUCAAAUCCUCUCGACCCAAAAGGCAGUUCUCCUGCUCUGGCACAAUUGAAACUAUCAAUCUGGAUGCAGUCCCCCAGGCUGUUGCUCGUCUAGACAACAGUGCAGCUAAACACAAGCUGGCAGUGAAGCCAAAGAAGCAGAGGGUGUCAAGAAAGCACAAGAGAUUAACAAAGGGCUCCCAAAGUUUAACCAUCACAGAGUUUGAGCCAGAGGACCUAGAAGCAGAGCUGUAUGGAGACAGAUACCCAGGCUACAAUGGCCACAUCAUAGCAGACAAGCUAAUCCAGAACAGAAGUGAGCAGAAGCAGCUCCAGCUGGCAGAGGAGAGAGGAGCUGAGGAUCACUGGGGCAUCCUGGAGGCUGAGAGGAUACGGCAGAUCGUAGAAAUGGAGGAACAAAGGGACAUGGAAGAACAAAGGUGCCAAGAACUUGAGCAGAUGCACAGGCAGCAGGAGAGAAGGCGCUGCGGGGAAGAGAGGCAGUGUGUCCUUGAAGGAGAGGCAACUCUGAACAUAGGAGACCAAGCAUCCCAUAAGGAGGAGAGAAGGCUGCUGGAAGAUGAAGAGGGGCAAGAACUGGAGGAGCAAAGGUACCAGGAACUGGAGAAGCAGAGACAUGAGCUGGAGGAGCAGAAACACCAGGAAUGGGAGGAACGACAGAGACCAGAGCUAAAGAAACAGAAACACCAGGAACAGGAGGAGAAAAAGAGACCAGAGCUGGAGGAACAGAAACACCAGGAACAGGAGGAACAACAGAGAAGAGAGCUGCAGAAGCAGAAACACCAUGGCAAGGAGGAGCAAAAGAGACGAAAGCUGGAGAAACAGAAACACCAGGAACAGGAGGAACAACAGAGACAAGAGCUGGAGGAGCAGAAGCUCCAAGAACAGGAGGAGCACAAGAGGCAAGAGCUGGAGGAGCAGAAGCUCCAAGAACAGGAGGAGCACAAGAGGCAAGAGCUGGAGGAGCAGAAGCUCCAGGAACAGAAGGAGCACAAGAGGCAAGAGCUGGAGGAGCAGAAGCUCCAGGAACAGGAGCACAAAAGGCAAGAGCUGGAGGAGCAGAAGCUCCAGGAACAGGAGCACAAAAGGCAAGAGCUGGAGGAGCAGAAGCUCCAGGAACAGGAGCACAAAAGGCAAGAGCUGGAGGAGCAGAAGCUCCAGGAACAGGAGCAGAAGAGGCAAGAGCUGGAGGAGCAGAAGCUCCAGGAACAGAGACAUCAGGAGCUGGAGGAGCAGAGGCAUCAGGAAAGGGAAGAGCAGAGGUGCAAGGAGCUAAAGGAGAAACAGAGAGAAGAGCUAGAGGAGCAGGAGAGGCUAGAGCUGGAAGAACAAAGGCAACGUGAGGCUGAAAAGCAGUGUCAGGAGGAAGGAGAAGGAAAGUGGCACAAGGAACACAAAGAACUCAAGGAACAGAAUGAAGAAGGAAAACAGAGACAAGAGCUAGAAGAGAAAGAGCUUCAAGGAGCUGAAAUAAAACUGAGGCAUGAGAAAGAAGCUGAGGGCCUCAAACAACAGAAGAAAGAGGAGGAACAAAGGCAGCAUUGGAAGGAGAAGGAAGAGAAGACAGAGAAGGGACAACCCCAGCAAGGAGUGGACAGGAGAAAGAAACGGGAAGAGCAUAAAAAACACAAACUCACAAAGCAGAUGCACUUGGAAAGUGCAGAGAGUGUGCUGCAAGAGGAGCCAGUGCCACAGGAGCAACAAAACAAACGAGACGGGAACAAGCUGGAGGAGCAGAAGCUAAACACAGAAGGACAAAAUCCUCACCAAAACCAGCAGGAAAAGUCCUUAGAAGAGCCACAGGACAAGGAUCAGCUGUAUUCUGGAGGGGCUGACAGGCAUCCAGAAGAGGAGAAAGUCCAAGAAGCAGCAAAGUCCCAGAAGGUCAAAGCAGAAAGAGGAGAGAAAACAGCAGAAGAAGUCCUAGCCCAGAAGCUGAAGAAAGAAGAGGAGGCUCAGGAGCAAAAGCGAAUAGGAGAAGAACUUCGGUGGCAGGAGGUAGACGAGAGACAAACGGCAUCCAGACCCUUCACGUUCCAGGUGUCCUCUGGAGACAAAGAGAUCAUAUUUCAGAAGGUCAACCUGAGCCCGGUCAUGCCCGUCAAAGGCGCAGGCCUGCCUUCUGCGCCCGGCAAGGAGUGCAGGCUGCAGGCUGCCGGCCAGGGGCCCCCCCGGCUGCCGGCGGCGGGGUGCGUGCCCCACACGGCCAUCCUGGUGACCGGGGCACAGCUCUGCGGCACCGCCGUCAACCUGCACCAGAUCAAGGACUCGGCCUGCAAGUCCCUGCUGGGCUUGACGGAGGAGAGGAGGAACGUGGAGAUCCCUUCGCCGGAGAAGGGCCGGAGAAAGCCCCAGGACCCCAAGCCCGGCAGCAGCAGCAAGGUGAGGUACGGCCAGGAGGCGGCGGAGAGCCAGGCGGUGCUGGCCGAGUGGGCAUCCAUCCGCUCCAGGAUCCUGAAGAACGCAGAGAGCAGCAGGUACGGCGAGAGGGAGCGGGGCGGCGGCUGCAGGCACAGCGACGACUGGACCCCGCGGGGACGGGGAGCUCCCCACGGCAGCCUGAGGAAAACCCUCUCUGCCAACGCCAAGUUCUCCAUCACGCCGGCCUGGCAGAAGUUCUCGGAAGCUUCCAGAGCCAGCCCGGGCGCCGAGAGCGUCGGCGGGGCGAAGGGCAGCGCGGCAGGGGCUGGGGCAAGGGUCCCCGGCUCCUCCGCCGGCUCCAAGGAGGAGGUGGCCCCCGCUGGCAAGGAGAACUUAGCUGGGAAGGCUAAGGAGAAGGCGGAAGCCCACGGGGACACGGCAGACAGCACAGAAGGCUGUAAAUUUGCAAAAGAUCUUCCAUCUUUCCUUGUUCCAAGUUUUCCUCCUCCUUCUCCGGGUAAAGAAUUGUCUCAGGUAGAGCUCCCCAGCGCUGUGGAAAGUCAGCAGAGCAGCAGCACCAAAAAAGCAGACAAAGCAGCAGCAGCAGCAGCAGCAGCAAACGGAGAAGAAAACGUUUCUCCUUUCGGGAUCAAGUUACGCAGGACAAACUACUCCUUACGCUUCCACUACGAUCAGCAGGCAGAGCAAAGGAAGAAGAAAAGGUACAGUGCAGGAGACAGCUUCGAUGGUGUGCCUGACCCGCUGGUCACCACAGACGGGGAGAAAGAAGCCUCUGUUUUUGCUGCAGAAGAGAACACGUCCCCCGGCACGGGCAGAGGGAGCGUCCCCGCUCAUCCCAAAGACUCCUCGGUGGCAGCGGUGGAGGCUUCACAGCCACCGGCCACCCCCCCGGCCAGUGCCCAGAGCGCUGUGCCCCUCCACGAGAAACCAGCCAGCAAGUCACUGGCCACGCAGAAACCUGCCUUAGCCCCCAAGCCCAGCAGCCAGACCCCGCCGGCAUCUCCCCUCGCUAAGCUGAACAGGUCAAGCCCAGCUGACGUGCCGGGCCCGAGGCUGGUCAAGGCUGAAGCGGAGAGCGGCUGGAGGAAAGAAGACAGAGCCCACCCAGGGCACCCCACACCGGCCAACGAGGGCAAGAAUGAAGAGGAAGAAGUCCGAGAAAAGAAGUCAUUUUUCCCAUCUUUGAGUAUUCCCUGGAGGGAGAAAAAUGACAAAAAGCCUGAGCCGCCCAAGAAAGAGAAGCCUGUCCUGCAGAGCAGGCACUCCUUAGAUGGCUCCAAGUUGAUGGAGAAAGUGGAAGCCUCCCAACCGCUCUGGAUUACGCUGGCGCUGCAGAAGCAGAAGGGCUUUCGGGAGCAGCAGGCUACGAGGGAGGAGAGGAGACAAGCCAGGGAGGCAAAGCAAGCAGAGAGGCUGGCUAAGGAAAUUGCUGCUGCCAGCAAUCAGUCAGACAAUAAAAGCAGCAGCAGCAGCAGCAGCAAACCAAGCACGCUGCAGAAAUCUACAACCCAAGAAGGGGAGAAGAAAACAGAGACUGCUGUGACAAGGCUAGAAAGAAGGGAACAGCUGAAGAAGUCCAACACCCUCCCAACCUCUGUGACAGUGGAGAUUUCAGAUUCUGUUCCAUCAACCCCGCUGGCAAAGGAGGUGGCCAAGAGAUUCUCUACCCCUGAUGCUAACCCUGUGUCAACAGAACCAGCCUGGCUGGCCUUAGCCAAAAGGAAAGCAAAGGCCUGGAGUGACUGUCCACAGAUCAUCAAGUAAAGUGCAAAGUGACAUCCCUCUUGCUGCCCCUCAGCUGCUUCCUUUUAUUUAUUCAGCUUUUUCCACAUGGCAAAGAUGAAAUGCAUGUAUUGAAAAGACUGCAAACUGAUCCCCCUUCUGCUCUCGCUCACUGUAAAGCCUACCCAAGCCACAGGUUCCGUUGCUUUGACCAACAGCUGAUGAGGGCAUGGCAAAUAUUCCAGAGCCAGCCUCCCUCAACGAGCUGAGAGAAGGCUCAAGCUAGUGGAUGGCAACUUCAGCAUCAUCCCAAGGGCCAGGACUGCAGUUGGGAAGCUCCUCUGUGGGUAUUCAGUGCUGCACUUUUCAGCUCUCUGCACAGGAAUUCUUUUUCAGCACUCCAUUGUUGAAAAUGAAGGCAAGAUGCAUGUUGCCUUCUCUUCUUUUCCUUUAAGUGUUAAACUGUAGGAGCUGUCAGUCCUGCCUGCUCUCUGAAGGCUUUCCUGCCAAGGCAGAACUGGGGGGGAUACUGUUUCAGCUGCAACGCUCGGCAGAGGGCUGGUAGCAGCCAGAGGCUGAGGCCAUGCCUUUCAUCAGGGGGUUAAUGCACCAUGCCUGCAGUCCCUCACUCCCAGGAAGCAAGCAAUUUAUCCCACCUUCAAAAAAAAUAAACUAUUGAAGUAAAAAUCAGUGAAGUGUUCUGAAAGAAGCCAGGGAGCCAGUGGUGCAUCCCUCUGCAAGCAGCUGACUGGAACUGCAGUGGGCAAACUGCUCCUGUGCUCCUGCAGACUUUGUCUCGGUUCCCACAGCAGUAAGAUUUGCAGAACUGAACUGAGAACAGAAAACUAAGCCAGUCACUCUCAGAAGUUUUUAACUGCCCUCUUCCUGCUUUUACUCCGUGUGCAACUUGAGGAGUUCAGCCGAGUCCCUGUCCAGCCAGGGGACAGCUUCAGGAAGGAAGUUCCUCACCCCACCUCAGGUAGCUGUUGUGGCAAUCCACCCCUUCAUUGUUUCUUGUCACUAAACCAGAAGUGCUUACCCUCUCCCUCUUACAGAAGAGGAUAAAGUCCAUGCUGUAAUGAAGAAUGUUCCUGUCCUCAGCACCCCACAGGAAGAGCUGAGGCUCUGCUUUCAGAAGUCCCCCUGGUAAACCCCAGUUUGUUUUACAAGGGAGUCUCUAGGAGCUGGGAGUGGCUCCUUUUUAUAACCAUCAAUGUUCCUCUGGGCCUACAGCAUCAUGAAGGGAGACACUGGCAGGAGAAGCUUCACCACAGAACCACACCAGGUGUAGUCCAUGGGAGUACUGUAGCCAAACUGCUGGAUGCAGCCUGAGGAGCAGCACUUGAACUGAUGCAGGAAAAGCAAGAAACAUGCUGUGUGCCCCUGUUCCAAGGACCACAAAGGGCUUGGCAGCAGAAGGCAUGACUGAAGACACUCCCACCCAACAGCUCAGUCCCAUGGUGACAACAGCAAAAGCACAAUGGUCACAUCAGCUUCAGUAGAAGUGCAGCAGCAAGAGGGCUUCUCUUGGGUCGCUUUUAAGCCAUGGGGUUUGCUCAGUUUCCUCUUUCAAGCAGAAUCUCUCACUUUGAACCUUUGAUGUAAAUAGGACAGUUUUAUACAGAGAGGUGUUGAUGCUGUUUUCAAAUCCCUGAGGAAGACAAACAAAGCCUUGCAAGGCAAAUCUCUGCAAGCUCACUGGAAGAACUGGGCAGGACUCCUUUUGCUCCUGGUGCAGCCGAGUUAAAUGGACACUUUCCCAGUCUCUACACUUGCAGGGUGCAUUUGUAACCACAGGAACCAAACUGCCUCAACUCCACCUUCAGGAGUCCUCCUUGAGAGAAGGAGCCAGGCAGAAAGAGAAAGUGAAGUAAAUCAGGAUCAAGAGUUAAGGAUGCUGGUGUGCUGCAAGGUACAGCAGGAGGAGCUGCUGUUGUGCACCAGGCAAGGCUGCAGCUUCCCACUCCAAUCCCUUGCCAGCACACACAACAGAGCCUCCACUCAGGACUGUCUUCAGCUGAAGCUUCAAAGCAGAGGCUGUGUUCAAGCAUAAAGGUAUCCAGUGGGAGCUGUAUUGUAUCCAGUACUGGAUGGGGACAGUUCUGAAGUGGUCCUGUUCAGCAGUGAGAGCUGCUGUUCAGUUAACAGCAGUCUGCCCUCCAUACCAAGCAGGUGUUCCUUUGCU